AUGGGAUAUUUGAAGCCGCUAUCUGAUCCCUCGUCGCCCUCGAGCUGCAGCAACACUAGCAGCAGCAGCAGCAAUAUCAGGAGCAGCAGCAACAUUUGUAGCAGCGGCAACAACGACAGCAACAACGACAGCAACAACAGCAGUAGUAGCAGUAGCAGCAGCAACAGUAGUAACAGCAGCAGCAGCGCCAGUAAUAGCAGUAUCAGCAACAACACUAGUAGGAGCAGCAGCAGCAGCAGCAACAGCAGCAGGAGGCCUUUGGAGUGCUGUGCAUGCGGUGGUUCUGACUGCUGUUUGCUGCUGCUGUGUGGGGUCCCCGGCAGCGGGAAGUCGUCGCUAGCUGCUCAGCUAGCCAAGCUGAGUUGUCUCCCUUCUCGUCUCCCCAGACAGAGGAGACACUCACUAGCUGCAGCAGCAGCAACAGCAGCAACAGCAGCAACAGCAGCAGCAGCAACAACAGCACCAACCACCACAGAAGACGCACCAGUAGACGCAGCAGCACAAAAGUUAGAAAAUGAUGCUGCGUGCUGCUGCUGCUGCUGCUGCUGCUCCAGCUGCUGCUGCCUCCAGGGGUCGCUGGGGACCCUGCAGCAGACGCAGCAGCAAGCAGAAGCCAAAGGAGAGAAUUUGCUGCACCGAGACGAAAUAGACAAAGCCGCUAGGACGCCCGUUGUUGCUUCUGCUGCAGCAGCAGCAGCUGACGCGUCUGCUGCUGCAGACGAUCCCAGGGGAGACGAUCCCAGAGGAGACGAUCCCAAGGGUCUGUGGGGUUUAGAUGUCGUUUGGUUGGAGGUUGACGCGCUGGAAAAGGCAGAAGAUGCCACCGUAAGCAAAGGCGCCCUGGGAUCGUCUCCCCUGGGAUCGACUCCCCUGGGAUCGUCUCCCCUGGGAUCGACUCCCUUGGGAUCGUCUCCCCUGGGAUCGUCUUCUUUCGAUCCAUCUCGAUGGAAAGCUGCGCGACGUACAGCCCCACUACUCGUGGCAGAGCUGCUGCAGGCGCAUGCAGAAAGGCGCAGCAAACUUGCUGCUUCUUGCUGCUGCCGCAAUCGCAGCAGCAGCAGCAGCAACAGCAGCAGCAGCUGCAGGAGAAUGCUGCUGGUGAUCGACGACACCCAUCACCUCGCUUCCUUCCGGAAGCCUUUCUUUAACCUGGCGCGAACAUGGGGUUGUGGGUUUGUCCAGCUUUGGGUGUAUACACCUCUUUCUCGCUGCAUCUCUCGGCGGGAUAAUAUAGGAGUCUCUCUUCUUGCUGCUCACGAGGCGUCGAUAAAAAGAUAUAAAAACGUUAGAGACCUUGCUGCUGCAUGUACACCGCGCAGCAGCAGCAGCAACAGCAACAGCAACAGCAGCAGCGGGGGCACUAACAGCAACAGCAGCAGCAAGGACAGCAGCAGCAAAAGCAGAAGCAACGAGAGCAGCAGCAGCAGCAGCAACACCUGUGGUGGUUGGCGGUCUUCUCCGCCGCUUUGGAUGCUUACAGGGGAUACACCCUAUAAGGUGCAACUCCUCGUCAAAGCCGCUCACGAAGGCAUAUUGCCUCUCUGGAGGCCCCCUCCUCCUGUGGGGGCCCCUAGGGGUCCUCUAGGGGCCCCCAGGGGCCCCCAAGGGGCCCCCAGCUGCUCCUUGGGGGCCCCCAGCUGCCCCUUAGAAGCCCCCAGCGGCCCUUCACGGGCCCCGAGCUGCUCCUUAGGGGCCCCCAGCUGCCCUUUAGGGCCCCCCAGCGGCCCUUCAGGGGCCCCCAGCAGCCCAUUAGGGGCCUCCGGGGGCCUUUUAGCGGCCUCCAGGGGCCCCUUAGGGGCCCCCAGCUGCCCUCUAGGGGCCCCCAGGGGCCCUUUAGGGGCCCCCAGCUGCCCUCUAGGGGCCCCCAGGGGCCCUUUAGGGGCCCCCAGGGGUCCUUUAGGGGCCCCCAAGGGCCCUGGUGGCUGCUCACCCCUUGUUGAGGGGGCCUGCUGUGAGGACCCCACUAGCUCGCCAUCACCUGAAUCUGCUGCAGCAGCAGCAGAUGCAGCAGCUCCUGCUGCAGCAGAUGUAGCAGUAACAGCAGCAGCAGAUGCAGCAGCUCCUGCUGCUGCUGCUGCUGCUACAUCUGCUGCUGCUGCUGCUGACGUGAGGCUAAGAGAGGUGGUGCACAGGACACUGAAAGGCGUCGCCAGCGGGCUGCCUGCAGAUAUUCACAAAUGGGAACGCGCAAAUGCUGCUUCUGUUGCGCCUACUACAGCAGCAACGACAGCAGCAGCGACUCCAGCAGCAGCAGCAGCAGCAGCAGCAGCCGCAGUAGCAGCAGCAACGGAAGAAUUUGAAAGGUACUGCCUCAAGUGUGUAGAGGAGGCGUCUGCUCCCGAUCCCGAUGGGACCUCAACAUAG